AUGUGUAACAAAUGCCUCGAGAUUCACAAUAAAUGGCCGCCUCAUGUCAAGCAUAGAGUUGUGAGAAUAGAAGACGUCAGAGAGGGAAGGGUGGUCCUCGAAAAAGAGGUUUAUUGCCAAGAACACAAAGCAGAUAAACAAAAACACCUCUGUACUGAUGUGUGUAUCACCUGUAAGAAGUUCAUCUGCAUGAGAUGUAGGUUGCUGAGUCAUGAAAAUCAAGGCCACACAGUUCAGAAUACUGAGGAAUACAAUGCUUCUACCGAGAUACAAAUUGUAUCUCUACAAUCCCGAGGCGAGGCGAAAGCUACAACCAUCAAGAACCACGUGACCUGCAUCAAGAAACAGAAGGAACGUGUCACUGAUCACAUUGCAGUAAAAAAGGCGGAAAUCAACAAGACUUAUCAAGAAUCACUCAAGAAAUUAGACGAGAGGAAAGCAGCACUAGAAAAUCAAUUGGACGCUCAGAAAGUUAAAUUAUGUAAGAAAUUUGAUGAGAUGAAUGAUGUUGAUGGGAGGUUAAUUUCGAGUAUCGAGAGUGCGAGUGCGUUAGCGAGUAAUAGCAUGAAGGCUCCAUUAGAAGGCGAUAUCAUUGUUAUUCGUGAUACAUUGUCUGGUGAGCUGAAGAAUGUACUAGAUAGGGAUGAUCCAGAGAAGAAGCUUGGUACGGAAUUAGCUGACCUUGCAGAGCAACUGAUAUUCACACCUAACAAUCAAUAUAAUCAGUUGAACAUUGGUGAGGUCAGGUUCAAGACGUGUGAGUUGGAAUGUGAUGUAGAACUCUCUAAGAAAGGUCACAUGAAUGGCAUGGCUGCAACAACCGAUGGAAGAAUGGCAGUGGGAUACAGCAAAAAAGGAAUUGAUAUCUUCUCUGCUGAUGGUCAGUUGCAAAAAACAGUCCUCAAGGAUGUCGUGAUCGAUGAUGUAGGAUACCUGUCUGAUGGCCGGUAUGUCGACACAGAUCCCCUCACACUGUACACACGGGAGUAUGUGAAGCUGGAUCUAAUAUUUGAUACUCUGAGUAAAGAUGAAGGUGGGACCCGUAGUCUCACCGUAGACAGUAAUGAUCUGAUCUAUGUCGGCUACUGGAAAGCCAAGAAGAUCCAGGUGUUCUCACCAGAUGGUGGGAAGGUGAUCAGGGAGAUACCAUGCGAUGGGUACAUACCUCAUCAGAUUACUAGUUAUAAUGACGUAUUAAUCAUCAGGUAUGGUAAUACAGCAAUGAUAAUUGACAAAGAUGGCAUUGUGAAACACAAGGUAGAGAAAUCGGGACUAACGGCAUACGCUGCUGUAACACAGAAUAAUUCAAUCCUAAUCGCCUGGGUCAAUCAUGAUGAUGGGUUGGUUAGUAUAGAUGAGUACACCAGCGAGCUCAAACACGUUCAGACUCUCAUCUCUGAUCACAAGAUUGAGAAGUCUGAGAGAAGCUGGUACGUUCUCCGCGAGUUCCGAUCAGGGGAGAUUGCUUUCUGUACUCCUGAUAGACUCUAUAUAUUCAAACUAACCAUCACACCAUGCAGUCCAUGA